AUGUCUGAGUUCAAAAGUGCGGCGAUCAUUGUGUGGCAGAUCUGUGUGGCGAUCCAGGUCACGUGUCAGUUUGCCAAACAGUGGAGACGCGUCAACAAGGAGGGAAAGCGAUGUUACUGCAGAGUGGUGGAAAGGUGGGGUCCAGGGCUCCAGGACUGUGAUUUUUGCAAGGGUGUUCUUGGGUGUGGGGCUUGUGAAGAGGUGGGGGCGGAACAGCGAGGCCAUGGUGGAGUUCAGGAGCAAAGUCCUGUGACAUGCGACAGAAGUUCCCGCCGCAGGGAUAAAACUAUUGAGAAACCCCCUUUCCACGGAAACCCCCUGGGUUUCCGAGGCAAUUGGAGAAAUCCCUGGUUUUUCAUUUCGUUCAAUUCGACAGGGCCCGUGACGCGUGACAGACCUGUCGAAAUUUUGGUUUCGACAACCACGCAAAUUCGCCGUGACAAGCCGAAAAUUUGGGCGAAAUUUCGACCACUUAGCGCCGCAGGCCACGAAAAAUUUCGACAUUUAUCACAUGAGCGCCAGAUGAUUUCGACACCUUACAAAAAUCUGCGUGACCACCGUGACAUUUCAGCAAUUUGA